AUGGUGCAAAAGCAAAAUCGCACAAACGAUCCGCCAAACAAUGAUGAUGGUAUUGUUGACCAGAACAUCGACAUCAAUGCUGAUCCGCCUGACUCCCGUCAAGAAAGUCAAACCCAAGAUGAAAAGAAAAAAGCUCCAAAUUACACUGAGCCCGAGGACUACGAGCUAUGUCGAGCCUGGGUUCAGGUAUCCGAAGACCCCGCCGUUGGAACCAAUCAAGACGGUAACACUUUCUGGCAACGAAUUCGGACGGUCUAUCACGAAGCUGUACCACGUCCAAUCCGUCCCCUCACCAGCUUGAAAAAGCGAUGGUCUAACCACUUACAACCUUCAAUCAACAAGUUUCGCGGUAUGGUUCACCAGGUCGAGGAAGUUGCCCAAAGUGGCGCAUCAGUUGAGGAUCAAUUAAACCGUGCUCUACGGCUCUACUCCAGCGACCAGCAAACCCACUUCAAACACUUGCGCUGUUACAAUCUACUCGUCAAGAGUCCCAAAUGGAGCAACUACUGUCGAGAUCGCGACCAUGAGAAGAAGACCGAUGCUGCUAAGAAGAAACGAGCUCGGAGCCCUAGUAGCGAAGCCCCACCUGCAACUGUGUCGACUCCAGCACCGUCUGAUCUUGUUGAUCCUGUCUCAGACUUUGAAGGCACCAGCACCGAACCAUCGACAUUGGACCGACCAAUCGGCAAGAAAAGGGCCAAGACGCUCAACCAAAUAGCCGCUAAAGAUACCGCUUGGAAGGAGGGGGUUGCCAUCGCUCACAGCAAGAUUGCCUCUGAAUCCAAGCGGUUUAACGACAUCAUCAGCAACGAUUCAGAAUCUCUCAAAAUUAUUGCCGAUAAUCAGACCACCUCGUCCCAGCUUUCCAUUAUGAACCAGGACCUCAGUGGUCUUGAUGAUGAGCAACAGGAAUUCUUUCGGCUCAAGAGAGCAGUCAUCCUCAAACGCCUCCGCGAACAAGCCGACCCAUCGUCCAUCUAG